AUGACAGAUGUUGCGAUUUGGCAGAUGCGAGACGUGUUUGAAGAAGAUUGGAUGGAAACAAAAUUGCAGGCUGAAAGCUAUAUAAAAUACUCCUUGGAGGCUCUGCAGAAAAUGGUAGGAACUAGCUUCGAUCAAGCCUGCUUCAAGUUGCGGUCUGGGCUAGUCGGCGCUGCGAGCAGAUGGAUCCUGAUCAAUGGUUCUAAUCUAUUCACGGAAAUGGUGCAGACACCUAAGCAGAUCAAGACUGACACUCUGGAAGCGAGUUUGCUAAGAGUUGGCCCGCUGUUCGAUGGCCCCAUAUACGGCAAGCAACGCUGGUCGUUCUGGAGAGAGGGCUUUGAGAAGGCAGCUGGUGGCGCUGGAGUUGGUGAGGAAUGCGCAACACUGGCGAAGAAGGCUGUGGACAUGAUGCUUGCAUUUGAGAGAAACAUGUGGCAUUGA